AUGGCUUCUGCUCCACCUGAGCCGAGGAAGUUUGCCAGGGGCCUUAACAAGCUCGGAACCGCCGCCGAGUUGAGGCAAAGCGUCUCCGAGGCUGUCAGGACGUCGGUGUUGGUGCGAGUCAUCAGACUUCAUUGCAGUUGCAGAGUUCAGAGCAGCCUGCUGGAGGCAGCAGUGAUGCAUGGCCUUUGCCUUGACAGCCCACGGGGCACUCUAGAGAAAUAA